AUGCCACAGGAGGAAAAUGUCUCAUGGAACCAACAGCCCUUCCACACAGACCUAAUCUGGGACCACAGUGUCGGACACCACGUCAGACGUCCCUCGGAAGGAGGCAGUUUCUCUGCGUCGUCUGUCGACGAGAUGAUCCGCAAUCUCGUCUCUCCCCCUAACCCAGACCAGCUCCUCGACCCGCCCGCUGUUGUGAUGGCGCGCAUGACGGGGAACCCUCCCCACAUCCACCCAUCGUCGGCGCCAGACCCUCGUGUGACGCAGUCCCCGACGGCGAGGCCCAGGGAUCCCGCGCCUCCCCUAGCGAUGCCAGCGGAAUCAAGCGCGUUCGUAGCCCCGUGGAACGACCACACGAUGCCGCUCCAUUUCGAACAACACAGUACCAGCUCCAUCCACUCGUCGAUGCGGCAGUCCGGGCCAGAGGUCUACGUUGAUGUCACGACAAACAUCCAGGCACCGUCACCGCGCCGAUCUUUCGCUGGGUACACAGGUGCCCAAGGCGUUGCGGGCCCCAGCAGCCGACGCGAGGAACCGCGUACACCUCGUCAGUCGAGCCAGCGAGGUGACCGUAUCCCUUCACGCGCUUCCGUCCUAUCCUACGUAUCCAUCCCUCGCGGUACGCGCCAGCACGAACCCCCGAUCGACGUUGACGCGAUCGACGCGAUGGACGUCGACGAGGGCGGGGCCCCGGCGCCCGCCCCGCCGGUGUCCCAUCCUCCUUUCUUCGUGGACCCUUUCGCUGCUGCGCCCCCUAUGCACGCUCCCCCGAUGCCCGCGCACCCGAUGCCCGCCCAUCCGAUGCCCGCUCCUCCGAGGCCCGCUCCUCCGAUGCCCGCUCCUCCGGCGCCCGCCCCCAUGAGGCCAGCUCCUCCGACGCCUGCCCCACAGACGCCUGCUCCCCCGAUGCAUGCCCCACUGAUGCAGGCUCCCCCGGUGCCCGCACCCCCGAUGCCUGCGCCCCCUGCAGCGAACCCACGCCGCGCGCCAGUCAACCACCCGAUCUUUAACGAGCAGCUCCUACGCGAAGGAACUCAGGUUGCGAGUGGCAUCGAUUGGCUAAAUGCCGACUUCACCCGCGCACCGCCCAAGGGGUGGAAACGUGUACAAUUUCGCUCCCUGCGCGACGUCCUGAAGGGACAAGACAAAGAACAGGCAAAGCGCUGGACGGAGAUCGCGAAGCUUCGCAAGUGCCUCCUCAUCCAGAUCGCGGGGUGUGGCGGGUGCGAUGAUGAUUUCGCGUCGUGGCAAAGCUACGAGCUCAUGAAGGAGUUGGUCCUGAUACUCUUCGGCGUCUCCCGGCGUCAGCUCCUCCCUCCCCAGCAGGAGGCGGGCGCUCCUGCAGGCUCGAACAUCGCCCCCUACUACACCUUAGCGACGGACCUAUCCGACCACCAAAUCGCCGCGAUGCUAGGGUGGACCUGGGUGUCGACCAAGUGGUUGUCAGUGAACUUCGUCGCUUUCCCCACGCCGCUUCCUACCUAUGUCGCGACGUGGGAGAGCUCGACAGCCUUCGUGUCCUCCGCUCCUCAGGAUGUCGAGGACAUGCUAGCAGCAGGCUUCAACCGCGAGCCCCUCCUCUCAACCACGGCUCGCAUCAUCCGCAGCGACAAAGACGCCGGCGCGGCUGGCAGGUGGGGCGACACGUCGUUGAUCAACGCCUUCAACGCGACUGUUAACUCGGUGAGGGUUGAUAUGCUACCGCGCCUUGUUGGCCCUCAGAACACCCCCGCCCCCUUGUACGCCAUGUACUGCGACCCUCCCACGGCGAACGAGAAAGACUGGGAGGUCUUCCGCGACGCAAUACAAGCCCACGCUUUCGGGGUAGACGGUGGCCGCAACCCUGACCUCUUCGUCAACUCUUCUGACUGCAGGAUCUGUCACUCCGCGGAUCACAGCGUUGGACUGUGCUACCUCGACUCCGUCGAAGGAUGGAACGGCCCGCGCCGCGAGAACUACACGAACCAAGCUGCGCCCAGCACGCGUGGCGGAAGGAACAGACCGCGUGGCGGCAACCAGCAGCGUGGUGGUGGCAAUCAACAGCGCGGAGGCGGCGACCAGCAACGCGGUCGCGGGCGCGGUGGACGAGGACGUGGUCGCGGCGGGAACGGGCGCCCUGCGGCCGGCCAAAGCCUCGACCAGAACGCGUCGGCGGCCCUCCUUCGUGCCGCGAGUGGAGGGUGGCCUCACCAGAGAUAA